GUUGUUUCUAGUAACAGCGGGUGUUGUCGUCUGUUCUUAUUAGCAACAAGAGAAGCUAAAGGAAGUCAGUCACUGGUUAACACGGAAACCAGUCAAUCCGAAACACCAAAAGCUAAACGGAAGACCUCACAGUGGAUUUUAUGCAUAAAUGUAUCUGUAAACAUUGGUGCAGUGAAGCCAAAAGUUAUCCACUCCAGCUGCUGCCGAGUCUCCGCGUGUAGGUUUGUUGCUUUGAUGCCUUAAAGCGGCACGGAUUUGAAGGAAAUCCUCUUCCUCUUUUCCAUGCAGGACUGCAGCUCAGCUUCCUUCUGGUCAAAGUUCACUCCAGCAAUUUUUAGGCUUUAGUUUUUGUACAAUCAGGCAGUGAGAAACUACAGGAAACCGUCUUCAGGUAUUGAUCUGCAGCUCAGCCUUCAUGUCUAAGCUCACUCCGGUAGUUUGGCCCAAAGUCAUUUUAUUUGGGGACUCCAUCACACAGUACUCAUUUCAGCCUCAUGGCUGGGGGGCAGAAAUUGCAAACAAACUUGCAAGGAAAUGUGACGUUGUGAACAGAGGGCUGUCAGGAUACAACUCCAGAUGGGGGAGGAUGGUUCUUCCUCGGCUGCUCAGCCAGAGCUCUGCCGAGCGCGUCGCGGCCGUGACCCUCUUCUUCGGAGCCAACGACUCUUCUCUGGAAGAUAAGAACCCGCAGCAGCACGUCCCGCUGCAGGAGUACUGCGAGAACCUGAAGGACAUGGGACGCUUCCUGUCCUCGGCCGGCGUCCCGUCGGACCGUCUCAUCUUCAUCACCCCUCCUCCUGUGGACGAGCCGGCGUGGGAGAAGGAGUGCCUGCUGAAGGGCUGUCCUCUGAACCGGCGCCACGCGGCGGCGGGGCAGUACGCCGAGGCCUGCGUCCGAGCGGCGGGGCAGGUCGGGGCCGACGUGCUGGACCUGUGGACGCUCAUGCAGCAGGACGGACGGGACUUCCGGCCGUUCCUGUCCGACGGCCUGCACCUCUCCCAGGACGGGAACCAGUUCCUGGCUCAGCAGCUGUGGCGGCUCCUGGAGGGCCGGGUGGCCGACCUGCCCUUCAUCCUGCCCUACUGGGGGGACGUGGACCACGCCAGUCCCGAGAGCAGCCUCCUCUGUGACCUUUGACCUCCACUCUGCACCAGCACGCCCAAUGAAGACACAAAUGCACAAUAAAGGGUUUUUUUUAUUUGAGAUCUGUGCGGGUAACUUCAGGAACAAACUUUAAAAAACAAAACAAAUUAAGAGCAAAGAAAGAAAUGUACACAUCUGACGAGACGCUCCCCCUGCAGAAUAAAGCUUUACUGUACAA